GUUACUUUUUGGGACUCAACUCUAUCAUUAAGAAUCACAGACCUUUAUGUUCCUUCAGGAGCGUCGCUCGAGGCACCGAUGAACUGCAAAUAUGACUUGGAAGGAGAGCCUCUUUAUGACGUUAAAUGGUACAAAGAUGACAAACAGUUUUUUGGUUGUAAGGCUGAUGGUAGUGUCCAAGAGUUUCCUCUAGAUGGAGUAUCUACAUAUCAUUCAAACUACGCAGCGAUAGGCUCCUGUCCGAUAAACCUCACAAAACUCAGUCGCAAUUCCGGAGGAAAAUACAAGUGCGAAGUCAGUCUCGACGCGCCUACUUUCAGGACAGUGUCCGAAACCAGGACAUUCAAUUUUAUCCAGUACUCGAAAAGGACGCAGGAGCUCAAGGAUAUUAGCACGGAAAAAAUUAGGAGUUCAUUCCAGAAUCAAACAAGUAGUUCCAGUAAUGGUCAAAUGAAUUCAAUCUGCACAAUCCUGCACGGUUACUUAUUAGUGAUAUUUAUGUUAUUAUUUUUUUAGAUUUUAAAAUAAAAUAUUUCACAUAUA